AUGAAGUGGAGAGCAACUACGGGAGUCGUGUGCGACAAGAGGAUCCCGCUAAAGCUGAAAGGGAAGUUCUAUAGAGUGGCUAUUAGACCGGCUAUGCUAUACGGGUCAGAAUGUUGGGCGAUGAUGAAAGCCCAAGCGGCUCGAGUAGAGGUGGCUGAGAUGAGGAUGUUAAGGAGAAGGGAUGAAACUGCACCACUAAGGAGAGCGGAGUCUAUUCACGUGGAUGGCAGACGAAGAAGGGGACGACCAAAGAUGAGGUGGGAGGAUCGAUUAGCGAAGGAUCUAAUUGAACUUGGCCUGUCAGAGGACAUGACGUCGGAUAGGACGUCAUGGAGAACUAGGAUUAGAGUAGAAUAG